AUGGCUAUAUUCCUGUCAAUCAAAGUUCAUUUCCAAGGUGUGUUCAUCAACAAACCUUUUUGCUAUUCUGAUGGUGCUCAUCAUGUGUUCGAGAACGUUAAUUUUGCUGGUAUGUCAUUUAAUGAGUUUGUGGGUUUUCUUGAACGAUUCACACAAGAGAAGUGUGAGAAAGUUUAUUAUUGUCAACCCGAUUUACAAAUCCCAGAAGGUUUAACCUUGAUUUCGAAUGAACGUCAAUAUCAAGAAUUUAUAGACAUUGCUUAUCAAUGUGGAGUACAAGUUUCUGUUUACAUGGACCAUUUUGGUACUACUGUGCAUGUAACGAAGGCAAAUGAAAAUGAAAAUGAGGAUGAUUGUUCUGUCAAGUCAAACAUGUGA